GGGGGGGUGCCUGGCGGUGCAGCAGCGCGGGAGGAGGCGAAGAGCUAAGGAGCAUCGCUCAGAAGGGGACGCCACUGGCCAAAUGUCUGGGAGGAAGCCCAGCCUUUGGCCGGACCCUUGCCGAGGACGACCGUGAUGUUGCAGAACCGGCGGGAGCGACUCGCCGCCACCGCUCUCUGCUCCUUGGGAGACCCCGGCGCCCGUCUCUGCAGCCAGGGGAAGCGACCAUGGCCAUAGGUCGUGACUUGCGCCCUGACUGCUUCCCCUAGAAAGAAAUCUGUGAAAAAGUUGUAUUUUAAAACAUCAUUGCGCUGACCUUUGGGGCCGUGGCGGCCGAACAAGCGUGCGUACUGUGCGAGCAAGAAAAGCCCAGAGGUGUCUUGUGCAUGGGGGGCUGGCGGUGGAGGGACCCGCCGCUGCCACUUCGCCACGCUUUGUGCUGAGGCCCCCGCUCCCGGGACGCCGGGGCUGCGAUGAGCCCCUGCGGGUGGGCCCGGCGACACACGUCCAGGGGGGCCAUGGCCAUACUGGCGUGGAAGUUCCCGCGGACCCGUCUGCCUGUGGGUGCCAGUGCCCUCUGUGUCGUGGUCCUCUGUUGGCUCUACGUUUUCCCCGUCUACCGGCUGCCCAACGAGAAGGAAAUCGUGCAGGGGGUGUUGCAACAAGGCACCGCGUGGAGGAGGAACCAGACAGCGGCCGCAGCAUUCAGGAAACAAAUGGAAGACUGCUGCGACCCCGCCCAUCUCUUUGCAAUGACUAAAACGAAUUCCCCCAUGGGGAAGAGCAUGUGGUAUGACGGGGAGCUCUUAUAUUCCUUCACCAUCGACAAUUCAACGUAUUCUCUCUUCCCCCAGGCAACCCCCUUCCAGCUGCCAUUGAAGAAAUGUGCGGUGGUGGGAAAUGGUGGGAUUCUGAAGAAGAGUGGCUGUGGCCGUCAAAUAGAUGAAGCAAAUUUUGUCAUGCGAUGCAAUCUUCCUCCUUUGUCAAGUGAAUACACGAAAGAUGUUGGAUCCAAGAGUCAUUUAGUGACAGCUAAUCCAAGCAUCAUUAGGCAAAGGUUUCAGAACCUACUCUGGUCCAGAAAGACUUUUGUGGAUAACAUGAAAAUCUACAACCACAGCUACAUCUACAUGCCUGCCUUUUCUAUGAAGACGGGAACAGAGCCGUCCCUGCGGGUUUAUUACACGCUGUCAGAUGUCGGGGCCAAUCAAACAGUGCUCUUUGCCAACCCCAACUUCCUGCGUAGCAUUGGAAAGUUCUGGAAAAGUAGGGGAAUCCAUGCCAAGCGCCUGUCCACGGGACUUUUCCUGGUGAGCGCAGCUCUGGGCCUCUGUGAGGAGGUAGCCAUCUAUGGCUUCUGGCCCUUUUCUGUGAAUAUGCGUGAUCAGCCCAUCAGCCACCACUACUAUGAUAAUGUCUUGCCCUAUUCCGGCUUCCAUGCCAUGCCCGAGGAAUUUCUCCAACUCUGGUAUCUUCAUAAAAUCGGUGCGCUGAGAAUGCAGCUCGACCCAUGCCAGGACGCCUCACUCCAGCCCACUUCCUAGGGAUGACGGAAGAAGAAGGGCCCGAGCCAGGGUAUUUUUGUUAGGUUUUCUACAUGACUCCAAGAGGGAAUGGUCGGGUGGUUUCAUGGAUUUGCAGGGGCCACUUGGAGAAGCAAGAACAUGACAACAAAAGCCCAAGCGAGACUUUACUUAUAAUGUUGGCUUCAAGGACAAAUAAGAAAUGAAACAUCCCAUGGAAUAUUUUAUAGCACAUGGUGGAUUUGCAACUAGUCAAAUGCUGCUGAAAGGCUGUUGGUAGAGCACAUUGACGUGGUUCCCAUGUAGAAGACGCAGUUCAAAAACAAGGCAAGCCACGCUGAGGAACGCACCAAGGUAGAAGAGAGAAAACGCUGGGGCAGAAGUGUCGCUGACUGUCAACACAAACUGGCUUCAUAAUAAUAAUAAUAACCUGUCUUAUUAAGACUGGCAUUAGAACCAUAGGUUUUUAAAAAAUUAUCAUUUAUUUUUGCCCCAUUUAGGGGCAGUGGGUGGGUGAUGGGGUAGAUUUAAAAAAUCCCUUACUGAGUAAU